UAUAUAUGGUUAUAUUUUGUUCGAGAAUUUCAGUGGAAAUUUUAUUUUAUAUCCUUGUAAAUUAUACGAUUUUGCAAACCACAAAUAAGUCAUAAACGUAAAAUGGCUACAGUAAAAGAAGAAGACUCGAUAACUGAAAAAAUAUUAGCUAUUGCAAAGAAAAAUCCAAAAGGAAUAUCUGACAAGGAUAUAUCAGCUGCAUUUCCUGAAUUAUCUCCCGCUGAUAGAGUUACUGCUAUAAAUGCAUUGUUACAGCAGGGUUCCUUUGAUUUAUACAAUCAAGGAGGCGCGCUCAUUUACAGGUUAAAAACAGCAUCUAGUAAACAGGCAGUGAAAGGAGCUGACAAUGAAGAAAAAGUAGUUUAUAACCUUAUAGAAGAAGCAGAAAAUAAGGGAAUAUGGAUUAGAGAUAUCAGGAGGAGAUCAAAUCUUGCUAUGACCCAAUUGAAUAAAGUAUUAAAAAGCCUCGAGAGUAAAAAGCUGAUUAAGGCUGUUAAAUGUGUGAAUGCAUCCAAAAAAAAAGUUUAUAUGCUGUAUAAUUUGGAACCAGACAGGUCUAUAUCUGGGGGUGCAUGGUACCAAGAUCAAGAGUUUGAGUCUGAGUUUGUUGAUAUUCUAAACAGGCAGUGCCUGAGGUUCUUGCAGCAGAGAGCUGACAAAAUCAAGAACAAUCCUCGAGGACCCAUCUUUGGGAGAACACAGUCAUAUGCCACAGCAGCUGAAGUGCAAAAGUAUAUUGCUGAUUUAGGAAUAAGUAAGAUUACACUUGAUGUGGAAGAUGUGAUUACAAUUCUCAACACUCUAGUUUAUGAUGGCAAGGCUGAAAGUAGUGUCUACCCUGAUGGAAGCCGAGUGUACCGAGCCAUAGAGUCCCUGAUACCGGCACCUGGGUUGGUGCAGGUCCCUUGUGGAGUCUGUCCCCUAGUCUACAACUGCUGCCCUACUGGUCUGGUGAAUCCGCAGGAUUGCUCAUAUAUGACUGAAUGGUUGGAAUAGUUUUGAUUAACAGGAACUUUAAAUUAAUAAACACAAUUUCAUGUAA